CAAAGCGUUACAGCAGAGCCAGCGAGAAAUUGAUUCCUGACACGGAUGCAAAAACACCAGAUCAUUCACUCAAGAUGCCGUUCUUUACCCGGAUGCUGCGUCAAAAUGGACGUAUUAUUGGUUAUGUCACGGACGACGUAGCCUUUCUCAACAACAAUUACAAGCCCGAAAUCCCAGAACGAGACACGAGAGCAGGGAACAUAGGCCCCGUCGACGACAUCUGCGAAAACGACUUCCCAGAUACCGAGUCCCCGACCGCAGAACUUCUACGCUUCUCGCAAUCUCCCUCGACGGUCGAGGUUCUUCAGACCGUGUUGGAUGAGCUUGGAAAGAAGCUGCGGGAGCGUAAGGCCGCCAUCAAUGCACUCAGGGAGGCCAGAGAAACAUUGGACGGUGUGGUGUGGACCAUUGCGCCCUAUGACUAUGCCAUGUUCAUGGCCGGCCAGGAUGUACCCCCCGAGGACGAAGAGUGGCACGGAAUCUGUCCCAGGGCAAGAAGGCAGGCUCAUGAAUGGCUCUAUCAGAGAGGACGGGUCACGAGCCGCAUCGCCUACUUCGAUCAAGAGGUUGAAGAGCUUCAGCGGAAUAUCACGGCCGUUUCCGCCGCGAUGAGACAGGCAGAUGAGAUCCAAAAUAUCUGUCAUCGAGCUUCUAUGAGCCCAGCCGAGCUUCCUCUCUGGAAGAUCCCACUGGUAGAAAAGGCUCACGAAAUUCGGCAGAGACAGUUGGACCACGAGAAUAUUCUUGAGGGAAGGGGGAGGAGUAUCAGGUUUGCAUCGCUGGAGAGUGGAUCAGGAUGGGCAUGACCCGCCGAGACAACGGUGAGCGAUCAGUGAUUAUGAGGCCCGCGGCAGUCAGGGUCAAAGGGAGAGGAGAAGUGGGACCUGCAGGAAUGACCAAAAUGAUUGGCAGACUUUGACAGGUUUGCAGUCUGAGGGAGAUGGCAAUGAUGACAGAAUUGAGCAGAGAGCCGGCCCAAAGACACUGAAACAUAUCCUGGCUAUCCCUAUAGUUCCUACAUG